AUGGAUGAAAUAAGGAUCAAAUUUAAAGCCUGUCUGCUGCUGGUUGUGCUCAUUCAAAUUUCGUCUGCAGCUGCACAGCAGGCACCAACAGACCCUAACGAUGCUGCUGCUCUAAAUUCAUUCAAGUCAAUGUGGAAAAACAGACCUUCCAAUUGGGAAAAUUCAGACCCUUGCGUUGGUGGUUGGGUAGGAGUUACUUGCAACAACUCACAGGUGAUAUCCAUAAAAUUGUCAAGCAUGGGACUCGAGGGUCAAUUGUCUGGAGACAUCGGUGCUCUAACUGAGUUACAGACAUUGGAUCUGUCUUACAACCGGGGUUUGAAUGGUCCCCUGCCGGCCGAAGCAAUUGGGAGCUUGAAAAAGCUUUCAAACCUGAUCCUGGUUGGGUGUAGUUUCUCUGGACGAAUACCAAGCACAAUCGGAGAUCUGGAAGAGCUAGUCUUUUUCCGAGCUCUUUUUGCAGGUGUUAUGGAGGCAGAGAAGACUCGAGGUGCGAGCUUGUUUGAUGGUAUGAGGGGGAAGAAGCGAGCUGCUAAGCGGGUCUGUGCCAACCCUUCCCAGGUUGCGGAGCCUGAGGCACCGAGAAUGGAGCCUCGUGGGGAGCCCGUGGUGGCCCCUCCAGUUCAAGAAGCGGCAAGGGUCCCCUAUGCCGAUACUGCUUAUACCCAGGUUGUGCCUUCAGGCUCGGGAAGUCAGGAUGGGGCUAGGAGUGUGCUGACACUGAGGUAUGCUCUCCAAAAAAGUAAGAAGGCUAUUUGCCCUGAGGAGGUCACGGCGUGGGCCGAUCUUCCUCCGCAACACAUAGGAAAGUCAGGAAUCAAGUUGGAUUGGACAAGGGGACUUAGAGUAGCCGUGGGUUCAGCCAGAGGGGUGGCUUAUCUACAUGAGCAUGUCAACCCACCCAUAAUACAUAGAGAUAUUAAGUCAACCAACAUUCUCUUGGACAAUCACUUAAAUGCCAAAGUUUCUGAUUUUGGUCUGUCCAAGCUCAUGGAUGACGAUGAAAAGGGCCAUGUCUCUACUCAAGUAAAGGGGACAAUGGGCUAUUUGGAUCCUGAAUACUACAUGACCCAGCAGUUGACAGAGAAGAGUGAUGCGUAUAGCUUUGGAGUGAUAAUGCUAGAGCUGAUUACUGCUAGGAAACCAAUAGAGCAUGGGAAAUAUAUAGUGAGAGAGGUGAAAGCAAUAAUGGACAAGACCAAAGACCUAUAUGGCCUUCAUGAGCUUCUUGACCCGGUCCUUGGUUUAAUAAGCACCAGCCUCAAAGGAUUUGAGGAAUUUGUAGAUCUUGCAAUGAGAUGUUUACAAGAAUCAACAGCUGAUCGUCCAUUGAUGAGCGAAGUAGUCAAAGAGAUUGAGGGCAUUAUGAAGUUUUCUGGUCUAAAUACAACUGAUGAUUUUGCAUCAACUUCAGAAAGUUAUGGGGAAACUAGUAGAGAACAUUCUGGGAAUCCUUAUAGUAAUGAAACCAUUGAGUACAGCAGUGGGAAUAUACAUCAUCACAAGGUGGAAUCUCAAUGA